GACUUACUAAAACGAUUGUGAAUAGUUCAGUGUGUAUUCAUACGAGAUAAAUUUGAAAGAAGCGAUUGCGUGAUGACUAUUGUCUCGGAAAUGUGCCACACGUGUUAGUGCACCCCGAUAUAUGGACAAUUGCAACCCGAUGCUGUUGUUGGUUUUGCUCGCAGUCUUAGGCCAAGGCGGCCCUCUCACCCUAGUCUCGGGAUUAGAUGUCCAUUUCGAUGACCCCGCGGCGGGGUUCUUUCUGCGCGAACGGCAUCAUGCCUAUAGCCCGCCCACUUCAAUUCAACAGGGGGCGGGUCCCACCACCUCAAUCGUUUUGGGUAUGGGAGGUGGAAGAUCAUCGAAGAGCUCUCAUAAGAUGAAAACAUUUAAAGAAGUCAUUCACUCGGAGAGGUUCACGAUGAUUGGUAAGAGUGAGCCAACCACAAUUCGAGCUGAAUACGGACCUUUUCAAACGAGCCAGACCUUGCCUGCCCAAUUCGUGCUACCUGAUCCCAUUGAGAUGUACUCCAUAUCCCCCAAAGAGACCAAGAGACCUGCUACCAGUAAUCUGAUAACCGACUUCAAGCCUCAUCCUUUAGAUUUGAGUGCCCAUUUCGUGACUCAAGAGGUGCCAAAGGAUCGCCCCACUUUGAGAGUCUUGUUCCAUUUGGGCCACUAUCUGGGACUGUUCGGGCAGAAACUUUGCAUUCAUCUCACCGUGGUCAGCAGCAGUCAACCAGAGGCCAAACUUUUCUCACAGUGCUCUCCUAGUCGGAAAGGUGGCACGUGUGUAGCCGAAGCUCACCUUCCCAUGUCUUGGUGGCCGCCAGAUAUGCAACUUCUACCCGGUGAAUCCCGAGUCAAGUUACCUAAGGUCUCAGCUCGAGUCAGUUACGCUGUGUUUGAGGCUCAAGGCCAAAGGUGUAAGGAAACCGGCGUUGAUCCAACCAAACGAGGCGACAACAGUUACGAGGUGAAUGUCAUUCCCAAUACUCUCUUGGGAUCUGUUCCACUCACACCUGCGACCCAUGGCUAUCGUCAAGUGGGUCAUGAUGAGGUACUGCACAUGCUUAUCCCAGAUGUUCCAAUCUAUCCAGCAUCUCGAUUGGUGGUCCCGCUUUACCUCAACGACUUUGUGGUGACAUCCAGUGGCAACCAAAGCGACGACGGGUUGUUCACCGAGGACAGCCUCACUUCCCACUUGGAGUCUAUUUCCAUUAGACUUCGCGCACGAUCUGGUAUUAAACUAGUGGGUUUGGAACCAGGCUGCUGUGCGGACCUCGAUUCCCCCCGGUCUUUGUACAACAACAACGACAACAACAACGACAACUUCUACUAUCAACAACAACACCAUCAAAAUCAGAAGGAGCAACAGCAAUGGACGACCUCGCUCGAAAUGAACUCCCGGGGAACUUCCGCUUCGCUUCGAAUUUUCCCAGUCAGUCAGGGGAUCUCAUCGGCCUCAACUAGCGAGGGAGAAAAACAUAACAAAGACCACCACCACCACAACAACGGAGAAAGCCAAACUUCAAAAGAGCAAAGCCAAAUGGACGACGACGACGACGUCAACGAAGACGUCGACGAGGAUGAGCUUCCCUCGGCCUCCAACGAGCCCAAGAGGACGUUGAGGCCACAACAGAAGCCACUCAAGCACCCAACAACACGGAACACCCCUCUCUUUUAUUGGAUCUUUUCGGUGGAUGGGAAAGAUUAUGAUUCUUGGAGCAAAGGAAAGAUCUCCUGGCAAGUCACUUACAAGCGACGAGCGAAUUCCUCUUGGAGCGAAACGAACCGAAGCAUUGCCAUGGAUCAAUACCGCAUUCGAGCUCGGAUUGAUAUUCUCAAGGAUGACGUUCAAGCGGUCACACCCAUUCUUAAGCAAUCGGAGCUAAUGAACUUGGCCGUAUUGACUGGUCGUCAAGUCUCACGGCCUUUGAAGGUUCUCAUGGUGAGCCGCGGUGGUCAGAUCGCUGAUGUCACACUUCACAGUUCCUGCUCAUCAAAGGAUGACUCGGUCCUGAAGGUCACCUCCUCGUGCACUUCUGUCUACGUUGAUGGAUCCGAAAAGCGUGGAGCUAUUGCAGCGGCCAUUCGGGUUAAAUAUGGUUCGUUGACUGGGCAAGCCUUUCUUACUCUUUGGAUGGCGGAAUGGCCUCUGAAAGUUGAGGUCGACGACGCUCGACUCUCUCUCAUACGGGACUGGCGAGUGGCCAGAUCGCAAGAUUAUAAGGGUGUUGCUGCUCAAGAUGAUGAUGAUGGUGGUGAUGACCACGAUGACGGAGAUUAUGAGGAGGCCUUGCCUUCCGGCACGAAAGGAACCUCCCGAAGGAGACGAGAGACCCUUCAAGCAUUGAGCAAGAUUUUCGGUCUGAAGAAUAAUCAUACCUCGAAAACGCAAGGGCCGAGCCAAUGCGGCCAUCGCUUCCAACAAACAAAGUUCCGGGUCUUUGCAAAUUUUGUGGCCGAAGAUUCUGAUUCUGGCAGGAAAGACUACUUUCCAUCUCGGAGUGUGGAAUUGGAUGUGACAGAUGUUUUAGGACAAAGUGCACUGCGAGUGGAGAAUCCAUCUAUUUUGGAGCUCAGAGGAAAUAACUUGGAGGGCCGCAAAGCCGGCAGGACCGAGCUUCAAGUCAUUUCCCCCAUCACUGGGGACGUCCUGGGCACCAAAGAGAUCCGAGUCUCGAAAAAUAAGGAAUCGAUCGUCGGCAUGAACGUGAACGUCUUGACUGGACUUCAACUCAACGUUCUGUCGGAAAAAGGAGGAAAGAAAGGAAUCUACACGGCUCGCACCACUUUCAGCAAGGCCUUAACGUCCCAAUAUCAGGAGGGAUUGUUGGAUAUUGAGCUCACUUUCUCGGACAACACGGUCCUCAAUCUGAAAGAUGUGGACCCGGGGAACUACUACCUAAACGUCAAGUCACUGGAUCAAAAAGUCAUUGCCUUUGCGCCCACCCAUGGUUCACGUCAUCCGAGAGUGAUUGCCAUUGGCUCCGGUCAAGGAGAACUGUUGCGAGUAUUUCUGGAAUUGGCUGAUAGCUGCAUUCAAAAGUCAAUGGUCCCACUGGCCACCACCAAAGUGGAUGUCAAUGUCAUGCUCAAAGAGAAAAAGCCUUUCUUUGGGACCGGCGUUCGGCACGAUUUUGGAUCGGCUCAAGCGGUCAACAUGGGCGACCUUGGAGAUUCCUUAUUGAGUAACAUUGCUCUAAGAGAUGAUCAGAACUACUUCAAGCCAGCCAUGAGCAGUAGCAGCACGGCCAGGCUUCGUCCCACUAGCAAACGAAGCGACGUGGGCAACCGAUUAACACCACUCGAAGUUGGGAUGUUCGUUUUGGUGGCGGUGUUUUGCGCAGCCAUGGCCAUGUUCGUGGCCUCGUGUUUUGUCUACGCCUCUCGUUAUCGAACGAGAGAAUACCCACUGCAAAGAAAAUCACAAUCCAUUCAAAAUGCGCAUGACUGGGUGUGGCUGGGGAAAACCAGCCUGGGCAAAUCCACAACCAAUAGCUCUUCGACCACCAACCAAGUCACGACCCGACGGACCACGAACUUGACAUUGGGAACGCAGGAAAACAGGAAAUCACAAAGACUAUCCUAUGUGGGGUCGGAAAUCAAUAUCAUACCCAAUCCUCAGACCGAUGAGUACGAAGCUGAAGUGAGCAACCCCAACUCGCCGGAUGACACACCCACUCAGAUGUUGCUCCCGCUCAAGGGCAUGGGCUCAAAUGGUGAGGAGAUCUAUCCCGAAUUACCGCGAAGAUCCAGUCAAGAUCAUAACGGGGCCCGAAAGAAAGUCGCUCGAGAGCCGAGUCACCCCGUAAAACCAAUACUCCCACCCAAAAAAUGCCUGUCAGGCCACCUGGAGGCUCCCGAGAGAGGAGGCCUGCCCAGGCGGAGUACCAGAAAUCCGCCAGAAUACAGCAAACCAAACAAGCGAAGGCCACUUCCCCACCAAGCGAACCCCAAGGCAGCCUCUCCCAAAGUCGACUCCUCGACCUACACCAAAAAAGACUCCUAUCCACAGAUUGACGAUCCAAUCAUGCCCGUGGGCUAUCCACUUUUCAUCAGUACAGGCCUAGGAGCGGCCAGUGCCAUCAGUUGCGAUUCAUUUGCCGAAUCCGACAUGGACCUCGGGCACUCAAGGUCUCAUCCCAGUAGUCUACUCUCUCCUUUGGAACUUCCAGAUCCGACCACUGCAUUGUUGUCCACCUCUCUGCGUCAAUCUCCAGCCAGUGCAUUACCACCUUUAUGCGAAAGCAAGGAUUUUAUCACCACAUCCCCCAUGGACACUCUGCCUCGACAACGAGAUUUCGGCCGAAUGACUCCGUCAGAGAGCGAGCUCAGCCUCUCAGACGCUGAUGAUGCGGAUGAGACAGUUGAGGGCAUCCCGCAAAAUCCUGAUCUAGAUAGGCCUAGCCCUCCUCGACAUGGAGGAGGGGCCCGCUUGUUUGAAAAUCCCUUUGAUCUCACGGAUGAAGAGAGUGCACCCAUCUUGCCCGAGAAGCUGAGCCCUAACCACGUGUUUGAGUCGAAAAUCCAGGACUUUGACAAGGAGAAUUGGUCACAGUCACCCACGAAAAUUGAUUCGUCGACUUUCGUGCGUCAAAAGUCUAGCUCUCCGGUGGGCUUGCCAUUCGAAGAGCCUUUGAGGGCUAGGCAUAGUCUAGAGACCGAAGAAUUUGAACCACGUGCAGCGCUUGAUUUCGAAGAGGAAUCGGUUAACAUGGAACUCGACUACGGUGAAAUGAUGGCAUAUUUCGAAAGCUUGAAAGAAUCGAAUGCUUAAACUUUACAACCUCUUUUGGAUCAAUGUUACUCCAAGUUUUCAUUUUAGAGCUCUGGCUUGAACUCUUGAAACUAGCUUCUCUAUUUGUUUUGUAGCCCUUUCUUUCCUCACCUUUGGAAUGCGGAUCUCUCGCAAUCAAAUCCUCUUUGAAUCUCCUCAUUUGUCAGACGCCCCAUUUCAAAGCCUUCAUAUCUUUUACGUCAAGAUCUUUGGUGCGAAUCGAAAAUUUGGUUAGAGGCAAAUAAUGAUCAAACGAGUCAGUCAGUGUUACCAAUGAAUUGAAGUCUCUAGUCUAUUGAUCGGAAAAAGCAGCACCCUGUAGGAGUAGUACCACACUAGGAGACUUGAUCACAUUACUGGCUCCUUGACGGGAAAGGCCUGGUUCUACAUACACCGAAGUGAGUGUGAAUCAACUGUUACAACAUUCUUGUUCCAUUCCUGUUCCCUUGAUACGAUCCCAUUCUAUAUAUUACCACAUUAUCAAACAGGUAACUUAUUUGCAGUUGAAGUGUUAAAGAUAUAUACAUGAUAAUAAAAGCUUGUUCCUAGAACCUA